CCCACCCUGUUUCUUCUCUUGCCUAUAAAUGCCUUCACUCUCUUUGCUGGAGGGAAGCCUGGAGUAGCCACUGAGCAGACUUGCUACACGUAGAGGCAAAAGGACAGGUGAGUGUGGCUCUCCCACCUGUGCACACCCGACAGAGAAGGAAGGAAGACCAUGGGACGAUUCCUCUUGGUGACCCUCAGCUUGCUGAUCGGGGCUUUCUCCCUAAAUGAAGCCAACAGCUCCUGUUGUCCCCAAGAUUGGUUCCCUAAGAAUGGGUUUUGCUACAAGGUCUUCAAUGAUCACAAGAACUGGAACGAUGCUGAGACCUUCUGCAGGAAAUACAAGCCAGGCUGCCACCUCGCCUCUAUCGAUGACAGUGACGAGUCAACUGACUUGGCCGAAUACGUCUCCGACUAUCUCAGGAGUGGUGGAAAUGUCUGGAUUGGACUGAAUGACCCACGGAAACAACGAUGUUGGCAGUGGACAGACAGGUCCAGAAACAGCUACCUGACGUGGCAACCAGGAGAGCCCAACAACCUUAGGAACAAUGAAAACUGCGUUGAACUUUGGAGCCGAUCAGGUUAUAAGAACUGGAACGAUGAGAACUGUGCGUCCACACGUGCGUUCCUCUGCAAGUGCAGAUUCUAGGGGAAGUCGCUCCUCCCCCUGCUCUGGAGGGGCAGAAGUGCCUGGGGAAGCCUGGAGAAUCAAGGAAGCCUUCCCACAACCUCUGCUCUGCGUCCCUUCGCUUAAUGGCUGUAAUUUUCUGUAAUUUCUUGGGUCUGGUUUUGCUCACCCUGAUGGGCCAGAAGGCCAAAUAAAUUCCGUCUUAGCACGAGUA